GGCACCAAGGUUACGACACGAGCAAGUUAGGCACACGGAGGACCUUUAUCAGCGGCUGCCAUUGCUAGGAGAAAGAGAUGUCGAAUUCUAUGAGAGAGCUCGGGGGUCUUGUCGACAACCUCUACAUCAGCUCCCAGCAGCAGCAAAAGCACCCUCAAGACCUCCCCGGAAUGAUGGGGGGCUCGAGAAAACAGCAGGAUGCCACCUCCACCCCAACGCGCGCCCGCAAGACAAAGUCCGCUAUUCGAGGGGACGGCGCCGGCAGAGGCACUCCGUCGCGCGAGGACUCCGAAAACACGCCGGUGCAGCACGGCCACACGGCGGAGAACGGCACGGUAGCCGCGGCCCAGCAGGUCUCCCGAACCAAGCAGCGAGCAGCGACACGCCUGUCCGCGGAGAAGAAGCGCUUCAACACGACGCUGUCCAAGCCUAGCGGUGGGUCUAGCCUCACGGGGAAGCGGUGGAACCUGUCGUGCUUCACCAUGGGGAAGCCCAUCGGGAAGGGGAGGUUCGGAAAUGUGUACCUCGCGCGGGAAAAGGCUUCGAUGAAGGUCCUGGCGCUCAAGAUCAUGCUCAAGAAAGACCUAGAGGCGGCUGGAGUGUACCACCAGGUCAAGUCCGAGAUCGACAUCCACGUGAACUACGGGUCGGGCUGCCCGAACAUCGUCCGCUGCUACGGCUACUUCUACGACGAGAAGAGGAUCUUCAUCGUGAUGGAGUACGCGAGGAAGGGAGAGUUAUACCGCACAAUGAAGGCGCAGCCGGGGGGGCGGUUCACAGAGUCGGUGUCGGCGCGGUACAUAUUCCAGCUGGUCCGAGCGCUGCAAUACCUGCACGGGCUGAAUGUUAUCCACAGGGACAUCAAGCCGGAGAACCUGUUGCUGGACAAGGCUGGAAACCUCCGGCUCUGCGAUUUCGGCUGGUCGAUCGAGGUUGCUGACUACGACACUCGUCAAACUAUCUGCGGGACCCAGGACUAUCUUGCUCCCGAGAUGCUGAUGGAGCGGCCGUACACGACCUCUGUCGACCUGUGGGCGGCAGGCGUAGUGACGUAUGAGUUUCUCUUGGGGCACUCCCCUUUCCGCAGCGAGUCUGGCGGUGCUGACACGCUGUCACGGAUCGAACGAGGCUCCUACGCCUUCCCAAAGGACCCGGCGGUGUCCGCUGAAGCGCAAGACUUCGUUUCCAGGCUGCUGAGAGUCGAGCCCUCGGAGCGCAUGACCCUAGAUGAGGCGGUGCGGCACCCAUGGCUAAGGGAUGCGGUGGCAGAGGCCGCAGCGGCGAAGGCCGCUAGCUCUGCCAAAGCCGCGUCUAGCGCCGGGGCGAAGGGCGCAUCAUCUAGCAGCAGAAGCAGCACCGUGUGAAUUUUCACGUCGGGGUGUGGACACGCGGAGCCGAUGAACUGAUGGUUCCUAGCAUUACCGGAGGUACACGCUGGCAUUGCAGGAGGGCCUGCUGAGUAGGAGACAUGAGAAGCCCACGGGCAUGGUUAUUCUUAUGUUCCUGGCAUAGCGGGAGGGCCUGCGAGAUAUGGGACGUGAGGAGCCGAUUGACAUGGUUCUUCUCAUGAUCCUGGCAUAGCAGGGGGUCUUUGCUGGCAAGGCGGGGGGGGGAUGGAUAGGGGCGGUCGCAAUGACCGCGGGAGACGGGCAGGUGCAGCGGGUGGUGGGGGUGCACUCACGUUAUCGCAUGCCGAAGUCGUUAGGCCGUUGACCUCGCACCCGAAAAGGAACGGUAUGCCGGAUGUUUACGGGGCGGUGGUGCUUGUGGUGCUGGUGGUACUGGAAUUUUGUCGGCUGGUGAGGUGUGCCAGCCUGCCCAGGUCAGGUCUGCUGAAGGCUCAAGUCCCGUCAUGGGGUUGAGCAGGUCCGGCACCGAUUGGAAGCUCCGAGCUUCGCGCACGGAGAAAGGAAGGCUCGCGUUGACUGACCUUGGACAUUUUCGUUCGCGGCUUCGAUCGAAGUUCUGUGAAGCUGCUGAUGGUGGUGAUGAUGGGAGCGUUUGUGGGUCCGUUGGCGUCUGCAGCCCAGUAAAAUAAGGGGCGGAUCGAUUGGGCACUACAUACAGCCGUUUUCUGAGUGCAUGUUUUUUUUUAUGAAGGGGUGGAGCGUAGGGGUUGGUUGCCUCUCGUGUGGAGUGAAUUGGGCAUGGGGUUAGCACCCCAGAUGUUCGGUUUCAUUUUCUUUUCGGUGAAAUAUCUUGCCGCAUUCGCAGGCGUGGUUGUUUGGUCUGUGUGUACAGUAGUAGAAGGGACCCGCGUGUCCCGAACAUCGCGGAGUGCAGUACGCUCUACUUUUUCUCUGUUUUUUUGCGUGUGUCUUUGUGCGUGGCGCGCAGCAUGCUGUUGGUAGGCGGGGGAGGUGGGCUCGAAUUCCACUCGUUGUUGCCUUUCCAACGCUAACGUGCGGAGUCAAACAGGUCUCGGCGUGUCCUAGGGAAAGCCCAUUUCCCCUUUGGUUUGAGGGACCCCGCCUGGCCUCACCUCGAGAGAUACGUUUGACUGUUGGUGCCGGUAAAAGCGUUUACACGCGCUGCAUACGUACGUUUUUUUGCCGGAAGGCGAGGUUCUUGUUCAUGUGUGUGCAGUUGCUGUCUUGCAUGUUUUUCACAUCUGUGCCCAUCGGGCAGGCACUCUCUUAUUCCUCCGGCGGCGAGCGCACCGAUCAGCCGAAGUCUUCUUUUGGCUGUACGGUUACAAAUUGUGGUUAGGCUUUUUACUCGUUGUCGUGCGUAGCGGAAGCCAUGUCUAUCCAUCCACCUGGAAAGAACCGCCAUCUUCUGAGUUUGUGUGCGUGAAACGCUGGAUCCGUCUGUUGUAUCUAUCUGUCCUGAUGCGGCACCGUGCUUGGCAUUACAUAGAUGCAUAUGUAUCAUGGCUGUAUGGCUUUAUUGGGCGAGAGGGAGGAGAGGCGCAUUUUGCGUUGUGUUGUUGUUGUUGCGGGAUUUGCGUAGCCUGUUUUCUUUGUUGAGAAUAGCGGAUUGCGAAGUUCCACUUUUGCCUAGGCGUGGACAAUCUGAGGCAAAACAGGAAUUCAGACAGAAUUGUACUUUAUUGCGAGGGCAAUGGGGGGUGCAAUAUAAAUAUUUCUUAAAGUCCUGGCCCUAAUGAACGAUCGGGACAUUGG